AUGAUUCACUCUCGCAAACUUUCCAAGGCAAAUCCUUUCUGCCUUCGGACGACAAGAAUUACCAACAGAAUUCAACCAUCAAGCUUCCGACGUCAUAAGAGUUCGGCUGCAGUCUCAGAUCAUGAUGAUUUUCGACAUUCUCUCUAUCCCCAUCUUUUUGAGCCAUUAGAUAUCGGUCUUGCUGGAACAUUACCCAAUCGAGUACUAAUGGGAAGUAUGCAUACUGGUUUAGAAGGACAUAGUAUGCCAAUGUGGAUGGAACGGAUGAUCUUUGACAAGAAUGCCUCUCAUUCUUUGGAUCGCAUGGCAGCCUAUUUCCAAGCUCGAGCUGAAGGUGGCAUAGGCCUCAUGGUGACGGGUGGCAUAUCACCCAAUCGAAAGGGAUGGGUAGGACCAUUCUCAUCUCAGCUGACCAACGAAUCGGAAAUGGAGCAGCACAAGGUAGUCACAGAUGCUGUUCAUUCGGUACAAGUCCCAGUCUUUGGAUCAGAUGACUCGAUUACAUCCCGAAUAUGCUUGCAAUUACUGCAUACAGGACGAUAUGCCUAUCAUCCAUUCUCAGUCUCUGCUAGUAGCACCAAGUCUCCAAUCACUCCGUUUCCAGCCAAGGAAAUGUCCCGCUCGCAAAUUCAGCAAACUGUAAAAGACUUUACCAAUGCUGCUACCUUGGCCGCAAGAGCUGGAUACGAUGGUGUUGAGGUCAUGGGAAGCGAAGGCUAUUUGCUGAGUCAAUUUCUCAGUCCUAGAACCAAUCACCGACAAGAUGAAUACGGUGGUAGUUUUGCGAAUCGAGCCAGAUUCCCCCUGGAAAUUGUUCGCUCCAUUCGAGCGGCUGUCAAUCCAGAUUUUAUCAUCAUAUUUCGCAUCUCGCUGCUAGAUCUGGUAGAAGGCGGCAUGUCUUGGGAGGAAACCUUAGAGUUGGCGCCAGCCUUGGAAGAAGCGGGUGUCACCAUUUUGAAUACUGGAAUUGGAUGGCACGAAGCUCGGGUUCCGACGAUUUCUACCGCUGUGCCAAGAGGAGCCUUUGGCUUCGCUACCAAGAAACUCAAAGAAUCCAAUGUGGUCUCAAUUCCAUUGGUUUCUACCAAUCGCAUCAACGACCCGUUGACUGCCGAGUCUUUGUUGGGAGACAAUGCGAGUGACAUGGUGAGCAUGGCAAGACCACUUUUGGCGGAUCCCGACUUUAUGUCAAAGGCCAUGAAGGAAGAGGCGAACUUGAUCAACACCUGCAUUGGAUGUAAUCAAGCAUGUUUGGAUCAUGUCUUUGUGGGAAAGACUGCUUCGUGUCUCGUCAAUCCAAAAGCAUGUCACGAAACAGAGUUGGUUACCAAACUUCUCCCUGAAUCAGAUCGCCUCACGAUCGGGGUGGUGGGUGCAGGGCCAGCUGGGUGCUCCUUUUCAAUUGCUGCAGCCGAGACAGGUCAUAACGUAGUACUCUUUGAUCAAGAUGACAAGCUUGGAGGUCAAUUCAACUUGGCAAAACGCGUUCCUGGAAAGGAAGAGUUCCACGAGACACUGAGAUACUUUCACGAGCAGAUUACCAGAUCUGAUAGGAUCGAACUCAAACUUGGUACAAGCGUUGAUUACGAUGUGAUGCUACAAAAGUCCAAUGACAUUGACAAGUGGGUGGUUGCUACCGGUGUCAAGCCUCGGGACCCCAAGAUCCCUGGCCAAGACCAUCCAAACGUUUUGUCCUAUAUCGAUGUACUCAAAGGAAAUAAACCAGUUGGCAAGCGAGUGGCUAUAAUUGGGGCAGGUGGAAUUGGUUUUGAUGUGGGAGAGUUCCUUUUACACCAUGAGAAAGACAAGACCCACAAGGAUGUUUCCAUCCCCGAGUUUUGGGAGGAAUGGGGGAUUGAUGAAAAGCAGGAGCAUCGCGGUGGACUGAAAGAACGACGUCAAUCGGAACCAAAACGAGAAAUUCAUCUAUUGCAAAGAAAGAAGGGAAAACUUGGUGCCGGCCUUGGUCGGACAACUGGGUGGAUCCACCGGGCGACUCUGAAUGCCGGGAAUGUCAACAUGAUCAAUGGUGUCAAUUAUGAUGAAAUUGAUGCCGAUGGAAAUCUACAUUACACACGAGAUGGAAAGAAAGAAGUAUUGGAAGUGGACACCAUUGUACUUUGUGCAGGCCAAGUGGAGCAUCGAGAAUUGCAAGAAAUGGCAGUGGAAAAGGAUCAACCCUCCGUUCCAAGCAAAUACGUCUACACGCUUGGUGGGGCCUACGCGGCUGGUGAACUGGAUGCCAAGAGAGCAAUUGAUAUGGGAGCAAGGCUUGCAGCCCGGAUUCACCAGAAUGACGUUGCUCAAGGCAAUCACGUGUUCAAGGCCCCACCAACAACGGAGGAGAAGAUGUUCAAACUGCUCCGAAAGUUCACUAAAUAA